CAGUAUGGUCGUAAGAUGGCCUGUCCUCUAAAGACGAAUUAUAAAAAAAAAUAGAAAAAAAUCUCUAAUGUCAUACUGAACUACAUAACCUCAAUUCAGUAUUUUGGUUUUUAAUAAUAUUUAAUCAAAGAUUUAUAAGAGAGAGUAUUUUCAAUAUGAAUCAGGCUGAUGUAUCGAAGUUAGUUUCAAAACUACGUAUUAAAGUAAAAGCGGAACAUCGAAAUCUUCGAAAUCCAAAAGGUCCUGAAGGAAGGAUUGAUAAGUUGCGUAAAACAGUUACCGGAUUAAUAAAAUUUGAGAGGAUUGAAGUCAAUUAUAACAGAGGGGACGAAGCUCGUCAAUAUGCCGAAAGACUUAUAUCGGAAGCUAUAAGACAUGGAGACUGCCACACACCAACUAUGAAAAUGGCAGACUUUUGGCUACUUGAAAAGGAACUAGUACACAAGCUUUUCAAAGUUCUUGUUCCCAGAUUUGAAAAUUCAAAUGUAUCAUUCACAAAAAUGUAUAAAGCACCUAAGCCACAAUAUUCACGCAAUUUAGAAAAAGCUGUACUAGAGUUAAGAGGGAACCCCUACCCAGACUUGUUUACAAAACAACCUAACAAUAGAUUAUGGAUCCAAAAUGUACUGCUUGAAGCAGCUAAACAUGAUUAUAGACAAAGUAAAUAUGCAGAAAUAGCUCAAAAUAUGGCUAAAAAUGAAGAACCCACUCAAGUUAAUAGUGAAGCUCCAAAGAGUGAAAUUAUUGAAGAUAUUAAGACACAAUAAUUCAUUUUAUAUUUAAGUUAAACUUAGUACAUGUAACAUAAUAUCCUAGUGUAGAAAAUAAAUUGAUAUACAAUAAAAAAAAAAAAUUACUUAUUUUCUUCAAAAAAA